CAUAGUAACAUUAGCAGCACAAAAGGAAAAUAAAAAUGAAAAAUAAAACCAGAAAGGCAAGCCCUAACUAAAUCGAAUUUUCCCACGAUCUUCUUCUUCCUAUUUCUUCCACUAACCAACGCUAAAUUCCCUACGCCCUUCGCCUCCGACCACGCCUCAGCCUUGCCAACGCCGCCGGCGGCCAAUCACCAAUUUCUUCCAUAGGCUCAACCUAACCUCCCCUAUUAUUGAAUUAUUGAAUGUUUGGUUGAGACUUAGCUAUGGAGUUUUGCCCAACUUGUGGGAACAUGCUGCAAUUUGAGUUGCCCAAUAUGGGCAAAUCUUCCAGGUUCUUCUGCCCAACUUGUCCAUAUGUGUCCUACUUGGAAAACAGGGUAAAAAUCAAAAGAAAGCAACAUCUGGUGAAAAAGGAAUUAGAACCCAUAAUCUCUGAUGACGAUAUGAAAAAUGCAGCCCAAACCGAAGCAACAUGUCCAAAUUGUGCGUUUGGGAAGGCUGCUUUUAUACAAAUACAACUGAGAUCAGCUGAUGAACCUGCUACAACAUUUUACAAGUGCAUGAACGAAAACUGUCGACAGAAUUGGCGCGAGGAUUAAUUUGUCAUUACUGAUUUUGUUUUAUUAUUAUUUUAACCCAUUUUAGACGUAAUUUAUACGAAUAAAUUAUUGUCUUUUACAUAAUUAGCAUCAUGAAUUUUGUUGGGACUUCAGAAUGAGAAUCGUAUCACAAUUGUACCUCGUAUACUAUUUUGUUCGUAGUUUUGCAUUUUGAAAAAAUAUAACAAAAAAGUGAGAAGAAGAAAAGUUACCAAGUCUUGUAAUGUUAUUCUUCUUUUGCAUA